AUGGACGGCGCGCGCUUCUCCUCAGCGGGAGCGCCCGGCUCCCCUCCGCCGCCGCGCGGCCCCGCGAGCUCCAUCGCCGCCGCCGCCGUGAAGCCGCUGGCUUUCUCCAUCGAACGGAUCAUGGCGCGCAGCCCGGAGCCGCGCUCGAUGCCGCUGUUCCCGACGCGCGCGUCUCCCCCUGCGCUGCGCUGCGUGCUGCCGCUCGUGCCGCUCGCCUACGAGGCCGCGCACGGGCUUGAGCUCGGCGGCGGCACGCUGCACGCGACUCCUUCGCAGACUUUCUCCCACCACCAGCACCAGCAACACGCGCACGUGCACGCGCACGGCGGCGGCGGCGAGCUGCUGGGCUACAAGCACGAGCACGGCCACUACAAGCUGUUUCGGCCGCGCGUACUCAGCCCGGCCACGGCGCACGCCCUGCACGGCGCUGCGCGAUACGUGAGCUGCGCGGCGGAAGGCGCGUGCGCGCCUGCGGCAGCGGCGGCGGCGGCGGGGCUGCUCGGGCUGCACCCCGUGGCCUCAUACUUCCUGAACGGGCCGCUGCAGAAGGCCGCGUGGGCGGAAAAGGCACGCGCGGGAGCGGAGAGCGCGCACAUCCUCACAGAGAAACUCCUGAAGAGCUCGGCCAAGAUCAGCGGCGCCGCGCCGCACAGCAAGCCCAAAGUGUUCACCUGCGAAGUGUGCGGCAAGGUGUUUAACGCGCACUAUAACCUGACCCGCCACAUGCCAGUUCACACCGGAGCCAGACCCUUCGUGUGUAAAGUGUGCGGUAAAGGAUUCCGGCAGGCGAGCACACUGUGUCGACAUAAAAUCAUACACACUCAGGAAAAGCCUCACAAAUGCACUCAGUGUGGGAAAGCGUUCAACCGGAGCUCCACUCUCAACACACACGCGCGCAUACACGCCGGAUACAAGCCGUUCGUGUGUGAGUUCUGCGGGAAAGGCUUUCACCAAAAAGGAAACUACAAAAACCACAAACUGACCCACAGCGGAGAGAAGCAGUUUAAGUGCAAUAUCUGCAACAAGGCCUUCCACCAGGUGUACAACCUCACCUUCCACAUGCACACUCACAACGACAAGAAGCCCUUCACCUGCCCCACCUGCGGCAAGGGCUUCUGCAGAAACUUUGACCUUAAGAAGCACAUCCGGAAACUGCACGAUGUUUCUCCAGGACCCCCCUCACCGCCCACCCCGAUUGCUCACCCGCAAUGA